CGUUUCAAGUGCAGCAGGACAAUGACCAGGACUGGAGCAGAUUAGCCUCUCCGGUAAUAACACAGGAAAGCUUUAUUUGAACCUGAUCUAUGUAGCAUGCUUGAAGUUGCCCCCUUUGCAAUCCUUUAAUGAGAGCUAUGGUGUGCAGCCCACUUCUGUAGAACUUUAUUGCAGGUUCACAUAAAAGGGUAGAGCAUUACGUUAGGUUAACGCUGCCACCCAAGUUUGUGAUGGUUUACAAUGGUCUUUGUCUGCUCUUGCUGUGUGCUUCCAAUGUGCUAUUUUAAUGUUGUUGUUUUGCCAGUGGAAACAGGAGUUCUCUGGAUUGUGCUCAGGGUGAUGACAGCUCCUUCGUUGUAGCUAUAUUACUAUAACAGGUUCAGACAGAGAGCCAGAAUGGGAAAUAAAACACCUUUUUACAGUAGAGCACCUGAGCUUUUAAAGUUGAAUAAGCAAUGCAGAGUAGAUCUUACUGGACAUAAAAGUGGCUGAGGAAAAAAAAAAUAACUGGAGAAGUCCCACCGACUUUAUAAAAAAAUAAAUAAAUAAACAACAACAAAUUCAAAUGAGCACAAAAUGCAAUCAGGGCUCCAGCUUCAUCUUCAGCCCUGGCUGACCCGUGACUUCAGAAUACUGUAGAAAUGUUUCGAUUUGCAGCAAAGAAAUGUUUUACAGAACCCAGGACUAUUGGUGCAACAAAACCUUGGCCUUACAAACGCCACUAGCAUGUGUUGAAUCCAUCAAGCUCAGCAGCACUGCAUCCUCUCUGCUUUGUCAUACCCUCCCCUAACCUAAAACCAAAAGGGAAUGAACCUGGACAGAUUAACAGCUCCAAACCUCUGAGGAUCUUGGAGAGGUAUUUCCUGUGAGAAUGAUAGGGCUAGGGGGAGGGUUGGAAUUCAGCCUUUGAAAUUAGAAUGUGUCAGUUUGGUCCUCUCAGUUGGAGCUGAAUAAGAAAGCAGAAUGUAAGAAGUACUCAGAAAGCAUGGAGGCUGCUCUUCCCCCAAGCCGAAUCCCUUGCUAGCAAACUGUUAGCCCAGGACAGGACCUGAUUGUUCUUUUGAAUGGUCCCUGGGUUUUUUAGCUGCUUCACUUUGGUAGAGUGUGGUUACGCAUGAACACUUGAAGGAGAGAGGGCUUUUCAGCCUGCCCCCUCCCCCCCCUGGAGCUACCCCUGCUGAGUACUACCACCAAAUGGCACUGAUGGCCAGCCACCGCAGCCCCUAUGGGGACCUCCUGAUGCAGAGUGGGGCAGCGGCAGCGAUGGCUGCACACCUCCCAGACUACAUCAACCCCGUGGAUGUAUCGCGGUACUCCAGCCCACGGCUGACUCCGAGGCUCAGUCGAAAGCGAGCCCUUUCCAUCUCGCCCCUCUCCGAUGCCAGCAUUGACCUCCAGACCAUGAUCCGCACCUCGCCCAACUCCCUGGUGGCCUAUAUCAACAACUCCAGGAGCAGCUCUGCAGCCAGCGGCUCGUAUGGGCAUCUUUCUGCUGGUGGAAUCAGCCCUGCGUUUGCUUUUCCCCACCCCAUCAAUCCCAUGGCGUACCAGCAGAUUCUGAACCAGCAGAGAGGCUUGAGCUCCGCGUUCGGGCACACCCCGCCUCUCAUCCAACCGUCUCCCUCGUUUGUAACGCGGCAGCACAUGACGGGAAUCUCCUGCCUUCCAACCCCUGCACACAACAACAACAACAGCAGCACCUCCGACUCAAACCAGAACGCCAGUGGCGAGUCAGCAGUCAGCAGCACCGUGAACCCGAUGAUAACCAAGCGAUCCAAGGUGAAGACAGAGGGGGAGGGAGCAAGGCCAGCCUCACCUGGCACUCAGGAUCAUCUGGCUGGAAUCGUGGGUCUCACAGAAGAUUUAGAUAAGGACGAGUGUAAACAGGAGCCGGAAGUUAUAUAUGAGACAAACUGCCACUGGGAGGGCUGCACCAAGGAGUAUGAUACUCAGGACCAGCUUGUGCAUCACAUUAAUAACGAGCACAUCCACGGGGAGAAGAAGGAGUUUGUGUGCCGCUGGGAGGAGUGCUCCCGGGAGCAGAAGCCCUUCAAGGCGCAGUACAUGCUGGUGGUGCAUGUCAGGAGACACACAGGGGAGAAACCACACAAGUGUACAUUUGAGGGCUGUUGCAAAGCCUACUCCCGACUGGAGAAUUUAAAGACUCACCUGAGAUCCCACACUGGAGAGAAGCCGUAUGUCUGUGAACACGAGGGCUGCAAUAAAGCCUUCUCUAACGCCUCGGACAGAGCCAAGCACCAGAACAGGACCCACUCCAAUGAGAAACCCUAUGUGUGUAAGAUCCCAGGCUGCACAAAGAGGUACACAGACCCCAGCUCCCUGAGGAAGCAUGUAAAGACCGUACAUGGGCCUGAAGCUCACGUCACAAAGAAACAGAGAAACGAAGCCCUCCACCGGCCUCAGCCGCCAAGGGAGAACGGAGCAAACGAGGCCAAUGCCAAACAGAGUGGCAGGGGCUUGGAGGAUAACAGCUCAACUAAAGGCAUGGAGGACUGCUUACAAGUCAAACCCAUUAAAACAGAGAACUCUGUGAUGUAUCAGUCCAGCCCAGGUGGUCAGUCGUCAUGCAGCAGUGAGCCGUCCCCGCUUGGCAGCACCACCAACAAUGACAGUGGAGUAGAGAUGCACAUGAACCGUGGAGGUAGCCUGGGAGACCUGGCUGCACUGGACGACCCCCCCAUCGGGGACUCCACUGUUUCCUCUGGGUCCUCGACGGUCGGCCUUCAGCUGCGCAAAAACAUGUCCGCCACACACAGACUUGAACAACUCAAGAGGGAGAAACUAAAGACGGUGAGGGAUUCUUGUUCCUGGGCCAGCCCAGCACCUCAAGCCAGAAACACCAAGCUGCCUCCCAUACCAGCGAUCGGUUCUUUACUGGAGAGUUCAAGUAUUGGUGGACCCACGGCUAUGCUACCCAACCAGAGACUGAAUGAACUGUCCACCAGUAAUGUCACUGUGCUCAAUCAGCUGAACGAACGCAGAGACAGCACCACGAGUACCAUCAGUUCUACCUACACCGUCAGCCGGAGAUCUUCAGGCAUCUCACCCUGCUAUUCCAGCCGCCGUUCCAGUGAGGCCUCCCAGUUCGGGAGUCGUCUGAACAACAUCAGCUCAGCAGACUCCUACGAUCCAAUCUCCACGGAUAUGUCUCGGCGAUCAAGUGAGGCGAGUCUGAGUGGGGGAAUACCAAGCCUCCUGAAUCUCACCCCUGCCCAGCAGUACAGGCUAAAGGCUAAAUACGCCGCUGCAACUGGGGGAGCUCCACCCACUCCUCUACCCAACAUGGACCGCAUGGGUCUCAGGACAAGGAUGCCUCUGUUUGGGGAUGUAUACGAGUCUGCAGCUGCUCCCAUGCAUCCCCCUACUGUGCCACGACGAUGCAGUGACACUGGCUACGCUGUGUCCAGUAUGAUGCUGCAGGAAGUGCCGGGCAACAUCAACAGACGUGCAAGUGACCCUGUACGGAGGCCAGCUGUUGAUCUUCUGUCUCUCCCAAGGGUUCAACGCUUUAACAGUACAAACAGCAUAAACCCGCUCCCCCGGCCAAUGGAGAGACGCAACCUCAGUCUGCAGAACUACACCCGCUCAGAUGGCAGCCUGCACCGACAUGCUUUCUGCUCCCGGCCGCCAAGCAUCACUGAGAACGUUGCUAUGGAGACGAUGUCUGGUGACUUGGACAGUCAGGCUCCAGAGGAUGACAUCAUGCUUCCAGAUGACGUAGUGCAGUACAUUAAAUCUCAGAACAGAGGACCUGUGGAGCAGGACACCAGCUCCACAGACUACAGCAGCCAGGUACUGGGCUUCCAAGGAAAUGAGAAUGUGCCGCAGCAACAUCAGCAUCAGUUUUACGGCCAGCGGAGAAUGGCCAUGGUUGAUGCAAACAUGAAUCAGCCAGGACAAAUAAUGGCACAGUGCCAAAUGAGCCCAGGGAACCAGCAACAGUUCCACACUUCUCCGAUUAUGAAUAAAAAUAACAUGCCUGUCCAGUGGAAUGAAGUCAGCUCAGGUACUGUUGAUGUCCUACCAAGUCAGACAAAGCAGCCGUUUGCCAGAGGGAACUUAGCGGUUGUGCUGCAGAAGCAAAACUUUGGUCAGUAUCAGAACAUUGAUGCCAGCCAACAAACCAUGCAAAUGAAUCAAAAUAAUGCACACAUAGCACAGCAGAGUUUCACGCCAAGGAACACAGACUUAAAUACCCAAAGGAUGAACUACAUGCAGCAAAGGCAGCAGCAGCUUAACUUAAAUGAGCAAAUGAGCCCGCAGCGGGGGUAUAAUCUGAACAAUGCAAUGCUCAGUCCGAGUGCUGCAAGUGUAAACACAGGCCAGCUGCCAUCAAGCAGCAAUAUACCAGGCAGCUCUGCACCCAUGAUGACCAGUAACAGCAGAGGACCCGCAGUGCAGAAUUACAGCUCUCAGUCUGGGGUGGGUCAAAGCCACCUCGCCCCCCCUAAUCAUCACGAAGGUUACUGUCCCACCCAGCAGAAUUUCAACAGUCCCUCCCAACCCACCAUGAUGAACUCAAGUUUCAGCCACGGCAUGAUGCAACCUGGUCCACCUCCAGGACCUGGCCCAUCCAACAGGCAACGUGAGGCUCUGAGCUCCAUGCAGCAGCAGCAGGCUUUUAUAAGAAGUCCACAGUCCAUCCAUGGCAUGAGUCCCGGCCACGCCACUUCAGAAGCAAGCCCCAAAAGGCUGCCUAACAUGGCUCAGUCCCAGGCCCACCAGUGCACUAAUGGCAGCCAGGAAAGCAGCCUGAUGUUUUAUUCAGGACAGAUUCACAUGUAUGAGCACAAUGGAAACCUCGACGCAGGGAUUUCCUGUGCAAGGCAGCAGCAGGUGCCACAGCAGUGUUCCUCUGAUAUAAAGGUUCCCAGCAUGCCUUCCCCAGGAGUCAACCAGGUUUCAAGCACAGUCGACUCCCAGGGCAUGGAGCACGCUCAGAUAGGCUUUGAUGCCAUGAUGGAUGACGGAGAUCAAUCCAGCCUGAUGUCAGGAACCCUCAGCCCCAGUAUCCUCCAGAACCUCUCCCAGAGCUCCUCCCGGCUCACAACUCCUCGCAGCUCUCUGACGCUGCCUUCCAUGCCUGCUGGGAUAACCAACAUGGCUAUCGGAGACAUGAGCUCCAUGUUGACAGCGCUGGCUGAGGAAAGCAAAUUUCUUAACCUGUUGUCUUAACGCCGGGUCAAAAAGAAACAAAAAGACAGACAUUCAUGCUCUUUGGAAUCCUGUCUUUGAUAACCAUUUCAAGUACUGUGUCCUGUUUAUUUGUGGAAAUGACGUAACACUGCUUUUGCUGUGGGCAGAGCAGACUCAGCUUACAGUAGUAAGUUAGCACAUCAAAGUGUGUCGUUUGCGAAUGACUAUUUUUCCGGGGUCUUCUCCAAAAGCACUGACCCAUGCUGGAUUCGACACGAGAAAAACAACAUGUGCAUCUCUCCUUGUAAACUAGGGAAUUAGGAUUAUUUGUGUUUGUUUGUUUUCUGUAAUUAAUGUAUUAUGCAAAUGAAAGUGUUACUGUACCUAUUAGUCAAUAAGGAAUCUAAACUGGCAACAUGUUUUUAUGUCACAUCAAAAGCCAUUAUUUACAAACAUUUUGACAAAGACGUCUUGCCUAAACUUAGAUCUCACCGCAUUGCAUUUCCGUAAACAUAUUGCCGAACUUACAUUGAUAUUCAAGAAACCGGUAUGACAAGUGCCUUGCUAUACUGUAUAUUUCUGUCUGGUGGUAAGAGCACACUGAUAGAAGGCAUUUAGAAUGCUUUUUUUUUUUUUUUUACGAAUUUAUUUGAUAAACUAUUUAAAAGGUAAAAUGACCUAAAUGAUGUCAUGGAUGAUGAUUCUGGCUUGAUUGUCAUCUUGUAUAUAUAACUGUUGCAUUUUCUUCCCCAGACAGAGGGCUUUGUUUGGGUUACUUUAGCCAUCCCCACAACUAUGUCACUUCAGUUUACCUUCUAGGGUUAAAUGCCUGUCAGUAAAUUACAAAUCAAGACUGGAAAUGUAUUUAACAGUGUUCUGAUGAAAAAGACGAGUACGCUAUUGGUCAGUCUGCAGAGAUUACAGUGAGCAAGUACCGCAGAGUGUGCCGUCGACCAUUAGGGAAUGCUCUGCCCUUCAACAAGACAGCACUAGAGAAACUUCUGUCUAAAAAACAAUAUCAAUUCUGUUUUAUUCACCAGAGUUCAAAAUAACCUUUUAUACACUCUUAACAGCACAUAUGUAGUGUGCUAAAUAUGUAUAUAUCUUUUGUACAUUUUAUAAAAUACAAUAACAUUUUUUUUUUACUUA